CCUCUCAGGGAAAUGAAGCGGCGCAAACAGACAGAGGCCGUUGUUGUGCGCGAUCCUGAGCGUCUGCGUUUUUCUCAGGUGAUUAAUUAAAACAAAGAGAAAAAAAAACAGGGACGAGGCAGAAUGAAAAGUUUCUAAACUUUUUAUUUUCAAGGUGGUGUUAGGAGCGUUACAGUUCGUCUGAACGCAGGCUGCGAUAAGCGGCGUCCUUGCUGACUAAAAAUAACUGGGUAGACUUUCUCACCGUCCCGCUAUGAGAAGAGCUCUGUGAGGACUGUUGUUUUCACUGAAGCUUCUCCACUGAAAACUGGGGGUCUUCAUUCUGUGAAGGUGUGUGAGACAUCAACAUGCCGGUCCCCCCUCCUCCUCCUCCUCCACCUCCCCCAGGACCCCCUCCACCUCCCCCGCCCAGUGCUGCCCUGCCACAGUGCCCGUUUGAGCCCCCUAAGCUCCAGUGUGGUGCAGGAGGAGGUGGAAGGAAUGCCCUGCUGGCCGACAUCCAAAAAGGAACCAGGCUCAGGAAAGUCACUCAGGUCAACGACCGCAGCGCCCCUGCUGUCGAUAAGCCCAAGGCAAACAGUGGAGAUACAUGUGGAAAUGCUGCUGCCUCUCAGAGCUCAUCGGGUGGGGCAGCUCCCGUGGGGCCCCCUCUGAGUGGCCUGUUUGCUGGAGGGUUUCCCACUCUCAGGCCCAUAGGACAGCGGGACGCAGCAGGGAAGACCUCAGUGUUUCGAUCGAGCUCCUCCGCCUCGCUGAAGCCCCUGUGGAAUCCCCCCGCUGCAGCCGAGUCCAGCGGCGCCCAAGACUAUCACCGGAUAGCCGAGCUCCACCGUCCACUGGCCCCCUCGUCCUCCGCUCCUCCCUCCCCCUCUCACAGCAGCAGGCAGCUCCCUCCCUUCCCCGCUUCGGCUCCGCCCACACCUCCACCUGCUCCCCCCUCCGGUCCGCCCCCACCUCCCCCGCCACAAGCCCUACCUGAGCGACCAGCCGGCAGGCCACCGCCGCUCCCCUCCGGCCCUCCCCCUCCCCCUCCCUCCCAGGUGACCAAGCCCACAUGGCUGCCCAUUCAGCACCCGCACCACACAGCGAUCUCCCACCCCUCAACACCUCCACCUCCACCCCCUCCCCCGGUUUUCCAGCCCCCCUCGGCCUCCCCGGGGGACCGCUCCUCCGGGUGCUUCUACCCGCCGUCCCCGUCUCCUGCCUACUCCGAACCUUCCAGAUUUCCAAUUCUGCGUGACAGCCCACUGGGACCUCCCCCUCCACCCCCUCCUCCCCCGCUCCCAUCUUCCUUUGCACCAAGCUGUCCAUCCAGCCUCCCUCCGCCACCACCCAAGGUGCCCCCCGUGCCCUCGCCAACCAUGCGCUCGCUGCCCCCCUCAUACCCCUGCAACGCCCCCACCCGGCGGCCCCCGGCGGUGCCGAGAAGCGCAGGUGUGGGGCGGCUGGCCCCUCCUCCAGCUCCCCCGGCGCGUUCCCCCAGCACAGAGCUCUCCACUCGCAUUCCUCCCCCUCCACCACCUCCUCCCCUUCCUCCAUACAGUCUCAGGAAUGGACACCUGCACAGCCUGGAUGACUUUGAAUCGAAGUUUCAGUUCCACCCUGUGGAAGACUUACCCCCACCCGAUGAAUUCAAGCCUUUUCCGAGGAUCUACCCCAGCAAGGAGAACAGAGUAAACCCCAAACCACCUGCAAUGAGGAUGCACCUCAGAUGAGAUAAAAUCCCAGGGUUGAGACUUCGAUAACGAAACAACCACGGACUUCAUAAGAUACGCCGUGUUUGAUGCAGUUGUGUGAAUGCAAGUGUCAAACUGGGCCUGAUGGUGCUUUGACCUUUUCUAGUGUGGAAUGUUUUGAAUGUGCAUGAGGAGGAGGCGGGUUCGCCCAACGCUCACUCUGCUCGUACUCACAAACGACACACAGAGCCUUUCACAACCACGUCUUCCAGCUUUAUUCAUUGUGACUGUCAUGCCGUUAACUCCAUCAUUUCAGUGUUGAAAUCUCGUCUGAGGCUUUUGUUGUUUUGCCUUGAUCUGUUCCUCUAUACUGUAGCACUUUUAAGGUCUUUGCUUCACCCAAAAAGCAUCUUAUUCAUAGUGAGAUCAUGUGGAAUUGUUUUUUCAUUCAUAAGAGAAAAAAUUAUUGUGGCCUAAUCUUGAAUAAGAAAAGUGACUUUGACAAGUACAUUAGAAUUUUAGGGAACUAUUCAGGUGAACUUAAACCUCAGGCGCCUGCUUAUCAGUGUGUGUGAGGUACAAUGGUGCCUUUCUCACUUUAAGCUUUUCUUUUAGAAUGAAUUCUUUUGACUUUUUUUUGUGACUCAGUUUUAAUGUUGCCUUUUAUAAUAAAAGAGAUGUAUUUCCUCCUUUCUCUAACAGACUGUUAACACCGAGAAAACAGUUUCACCUACUGGUGUGACCAUCGAAUA